GGAUAUGACAAACUGUGAACUAGUGGCAAUGAAGAAUCAGAUGGCAACUGCAGAGGAAAAUCUGAAAAUAGCUACAAGGGACAUACACAAGUGCAAACAGCAAAUUGAACAAACACGAGAACAACUGCAGAAGGCAGAACUCACCUUCACACACCAGGUCGCAGUUUAUGAGCGUAAUGCUGAGGACAACUGGAUCAAGACUCAGAUCAGGGAGACGAGAAUGGCGGAACAGAGCCGGGAGGUCGCCCGCUUGAAACACAGGUGUGGGAGCGUGACAUGAGUUUUUAUGGGUGUUUUGAGGGAUGACA